GAGAAAAAUCGCUUCGGGUGGCAAUGGCGUGCAGCAGCACUGGUGAGCAGACUCCUGCAUCGUCCUCGCCGAUCGGAUCCCCCUCACCGAGUGAUGGCGUUGGUAGAGCUGGCACAUUUGCCGAGCUCCUUGCUCAACGCCGGUGCGGCGGAUCGGAUCAGCUGAUACCUUAUGCGCUGCUGACGCCCGCCCCUUGCGGGCACUGCGGGAAGAUCGACGAUGUUAGGCGGGCUCGGCUGUCGGAGCACGACACCGGCGGCGGCGUUCCUGAUGGCAGCACGCCGCUGGACCGCCGCGUGACGGUGUCGUCGGAGGCGUCGCUCGUCGAGCAGGUCGCCUUCGAGGGCAACUCCUGUUCCACGUGCGUCAGGAUGAUCUACCGGAAGAACCGGUGGCUGGACGACGGCGGCGACACGCCGCUGCACUACGCUGCCAGGUGCAGAAACCUCAGGAUGCUUUUCCAUUUCAUCUGUUUGGUCGGCGAUGAGUACGGCCAUGCCGGGGCCGCGCUAGUGCUGAGGAAACUCAACGGCCGGAACGAGACUGCCCUGCAUGAGGCGAUCAGGCUGGGAAACAACGGCAUGGCCGGGCUUCUGAUGUGGGUGGAUCCAGAGCUGGCCCUGUAUCCUGCACCCGGUCAGGGCACCUCGCCGCUGUACCUGGCUGUGUCCAUGGGAGACGAGCUCAUCGCAAGCAUGCUGCACCGUGAAAGUGGUGGCAACCUGGCCUACUCCGGGCCAGAUGGACAGAACGCAUUGCAUGCUGCGGUUCACCAUGCAUACGGUAUGCUAGAAAAGCUACAUUAUUGGAACAAGGAUCUUAGCAAACAGAACGACCGUAACGGCCGCACCCCUCUUCACUUUGUGGUUUCGUCGCAGUUUGAACCAUACAUCCAUAGAAGUUGGUUUUGUUUCCCCAGUAUCGGGUUACCGUUGGAACAACAUGCUACAUGGGGUGUACUUAACGCUAACCCAUCUGCUGCGUUCCAGCAGGAUAAUAAUGGUUUCUUUCCUGUACAUAUCGCGGCCUUGAUGAAUAGGUUGGUCGCCUUGCGUAUUCUUGUCAAAAGAUGCCCUGGUUGUAUCGGUCUUCGUGACAACCAGGGAAGAACCUUCUUUCAUAUUGCUGUCCAGGCCAAGAUCUUACGCAUAGUAAGAUAUGCUGCACGGGAAUCAAUUUUCGCACCCAUAAUGAACACUCGGGACAAUGAUGGCAACACGGCACUACACCUUGCUGUGGAUAUUGAGCAUCAUUGGAUUUCCUGCGCUCUCUUGAGAAAUCAAGAAGUACUGUUGAAUUUAAGCAAUAACAAGGAUCAAACUCCACUGGAUCUAGCGAGGAGCAAGAAGUGCAGAGAUUUUUCAUAUGGAUUGAAUCCAGAGAACUUGAUAUAUAACACACUCCUGAGUGCUGGUGCAAGGCACGGUAGCUUUUGGAGAGAUCAUCUCCAACAACUUUGCAUUCCAUUGCGAAUGUCAAAAUCAAAGGAUGAAGAGGACCAUUCAGAAAAUGAGGAUGAAGAGAACCAUAGGAAAAAAGAGGAUGACGAGAAAGAAGCCUCGGCUCAAUUGACUGAUUCGACCCGAACACUUGGCCUUGGCUCGGUACUCAUUGCAUCGGUGACAUUCACUGCAACCUUCACUGUACCUGCAGGAAUCAAAGCCAGCGACCACACCAACAGUGGUAUACCAAGGCUUUUCGGUACGUGGCAUUUCCAUGCAUUCAUGAUGGCCAGCACGUUGGCUUUCAUCUGCUCCUCAUUAGCUACACUUGGACUCAUGUUCUCCGGCAUGUCCAUGGUUAAAUUGAAGAUCCGACGGAUGUACUUCAAAAUAUCCGUGUUCCUCACCUCUAGUUCGCUCACUUGCUUGACUGUUGCUUUUUCGCUUGGCGUAUAUAUGGUGCUGGCUCCAGUUGGUCUCACCAUUUCCAGUGUCAUAUUUAUCAUCAGUCCUCUUUUGCUGAUCUACCGAAACGCAGAAGUUGUUAGAGAAAUGCUUCUUACGUACAGACCGCUGUAUGUCAGACGGGGGCAUGAAUUUGUAUGCCGGUUAUAUAUACAACGUAUCUUUCUGUUGAUUCUAAGGGACUUUUGGCCCUUCAUCUUCAUAGCCAUCUUCAGCUCGGCAGCAUGAAGGAAACCAUCAGCAGUAUAAAGCCGGCCUAAAGAAGCGCCAUCAGCUAGAGUUCCAGUGCAUAUCCCAUUGUACAUCUACUCCAUACUGUUCAUGUUUCGCAUGUUAGCUUCUACCGUUGAACUUGACGUUGCAUAACUGUUAGAUAGUUUGAAACCGGCAGGGUGGAUGGAGUGUGGGUCUAUGAAGUCUCACUUGUUAAUGUGACUAUUAUUUGUUUUUUUUGUUUUCUAAGGCGCAAUGUAAAUGUAUAAUAGGGUUAUAUAUUAAGGA